AGCAGUGUGUGUGUGUGUGUGUGCGCGAUAGAGACAAGGAAAGAUGGCGACGCAGGAGAGCGAAGCAACCAAAGCUACCGCGAGCAACGGCGAGGUGAGCAGCAAUGGAACCGCUGCAACAACAGACGGCCAGACUGUGCAGACGGCUGAAAAUGCACAGGAUCCGCAGCAGCAGCAGCAGCAGCCACCUAACGCAUGGCAGGUCAUUAAAGGAGUCCUCUUCAGAAUCUUCAUAAUCUGGGCGAUCAGUAGCUGGUUCCGUCGAGGGCCGUCCACUCCUGACCCCAGCACGCCAGCCGGGGCGCCCAGAGUACCCAGCAGGAACCUCUUCCCUAAGGACACCCUCAUGGACCUGUAUGUGUACCUGUCCCACGAGGAGGUGUUCACCGACUUCAACAACACAGAAGCGCUGUUCUGGUUCCACAGGGACCUGGUCUAUGGAGACUGGAACACAGGAGAGAGCGGGGACGGCUGUUACGAGCACUAUACGGAGAUGGACAUCCCAGAGGUACUGCAGAAGAACGGUUCCCUUUACAUGCACGUCUACUUCACUAAAAGUGGAUUCCACCCAGACCCCAAACGCAAGGGGCAGUAUCGCAGACUGGCAACCGUUCAUGCCACACGAAUGCUGAAUAAAUUCAAGCGAAGAAAGUUUCUGAAGACCAAGAAUCUCCUGACAGGAGAAACAGAAGCAGAUCCUGAAAUGAUCAAGCGGGCAGAAAGCUACGGUCCAGUGGAGAUUAUCUCUCAUUGGCACCCUAACCUCACCAUCAACAUGGUAGAUGACCACACAGCCUGGGUCAAAGGCUCUGUUCCCCCUCCUCUGGACCAACAUGUUAAGUUUGAUGCAGUAAGUGGCGACUACUAUCCCAUUGUGUACUUCAAUGACUACUGGAACCUCCAGAAGGACUACUAUCCCAUCAACGAGACCCUGACCAAACUCCCACUGCGCCUCUCCUACUGCCCUCUGUCCUUGUGGCGCUGGCAGCUGUACGCUGCCCAAAAUGCACGCUCCCCGUGGAACUUCUUACCUGAAGACACCUACGAGCAGUCUGAUGAAGACCAAGACUCUGUCAAGGUGGCCCUCUUGGAAACCAACCCGUACCUGCUGGGUCUCACCAUUGUUGUCUCCAUCGUGCACAGCAUCUUUGAGUUCCUCGCCUUCAAGAAUGAUAUCCAGUUCUGGAACAGCAGACAGUCUCUGGAGGGUCUGUCUGUGCGCUCCAUCAUAUUUGGAGUCUUUCAGUCUCUGGUGGUGCUGCUCUACAUAUUGGACAACGAGACCAACUUUGUGGUGCAGGUCAGCGUCUUCAUCGGCCUCCUUAUCGACCUGUGGAAAAUCACCAAGGUCAUGGAUGUCAAAUUGGACAGAGAGAACAAAAUCGCAGGAAUAUUCCCAAGAUUGGUAUUCAACGACAAGUCAACAUAUGUUAAGUCUUCAACCAAAAUCUACGACGAUAUGGCCUUCAAGUACCUGUCGUGGCUGCUCUACCCUCUGUUUGGCUGCUAUGCCGUCUACAGUUUAUUGUACGUAGAGCACAAAGGCUGGUACUCAUGGGUACUCAGCAUGCUCUAUGGCUUCUUGUUAACCUUUGGUUUCAUUACAAUGACGCCACAGCUAUUCAUCAACUACAAAAUGAAGUCUGUGGCCCACCUCCCAUGGAGGAUGCUCACCUACAAGGCUCUCAAUACCUUUAUUGAUGACUUGUUUGCCUUUGUCAUCAAGAUGCCCAUGAUGUACAGGAUAGGAUGCCUCAGAGAUGAUGUGGUGUUCUUCAUCUACCUUUACCAGCGUUGGAUCUAUCGGGUCGAUCCCAACAGGGUCAACGAGUUUGGCACCAGCGGAGUAGAGCAGGUCCCGAACGACACAGCAGCGGAAGACGCUGCUCCCGCCGCUCCCGCCGCCAUCACAGACAAGCCAGAGGAGGAGAAGAAGAACGAUUAAGCAAGACCACGCCCUUAUCUGCCUCCCUGGCCCUCACAACAGGGGCAAAGAGGACUUGUGGAAGUUAGACAGGGAGGGGUGUUGUCGUUUAGCUGUCAUGGACGCCACUACAAAAAAAAAAAAAAAAA